AUGUCUCACCGAAAGUUCGAGGCCCCCCGUCAUGGCUCUCUAGCAUUCUUGCCCAGAAAGCGUGCCGCCCGCCACCGUGGCAAGGUCAAGUCUUUCCCCAAGGAUGACCCCAAGAAGCCCGUUCACCUGACAGCCACCAUGGGCUACAAGGCCGGUAUGACCACCAUCGUCCGAGACCUCGACCGCCCGGGUGCCAAGUCGCACAAGAAGGAAGUUGUUGAGGCUGUCACCAUUAUUGACACCCCACCGGUACGAACAACGCAGCCCGCUUGGCUCUGUGCCUAUGGCUAA